UCAACAGCCUGCUUCCUGCUAUAACUGUCACUGUUUCCUCCUGGCCUCCUUACUCUCUUCCUCCGUUAUUUUUAUUUCAAGGUCCAGAGCAGCAUUGUGCGUGUUUGGGGUGUGUUAUUUUCGGUAGUGUGUGCUUUAAUCUGCCAGCUCGAUGCCUUCGUUAUCAGAAAGCCAACAGGGCGAGUCAAGGCGUAGUGCGCGGUUGGUGUCGAGCAGACCCUACCCGCUCGACGAUGACACGGCGAGCACCAGCUCUACCGGAUCUGUAGGACAAAUCUCUUAUAGAGAGAGUCCCGUGAGGGUCUUCAAGAGGAAAAUGGGAACCCGCAAAGGGGGUGGAGCUUCUCUCAGCCCCAGCAACGGCAGCAAUGUGAGCAAAUCCCAGAAUCCGAGCACGAGCGAGUUCCUCACAGCGAGGAAGAGUUCUGCUUUCCGGGCCCCGAGCAGCACAGUGUCCCCUUUGACCGCUUCAGCCUCGAGCACUUCGACUCAGAUGGAUCCAUCAGGUUUCUCCUCAGGAUAUUCCUCCUCAGAGGAAGGAUAUGGCCGGAGCGGCAACACGCACAACACGAUCACUGGCCCUGCUCACACUCCAUCAGAAGGAACGACAGGACACGGAGACGCACUGACUGCCCCAGCCCAUGCCUUUGCAGUGGUGUAUUUCUGGCUAGGCGUGGCAUGGUACAGUAUAACAUCUGGGAUGUCUCUGCUUGAUGUUUCUCUGCUCAGCAGGUGCACUGCCGGUGUGAGGAAGACCCUUCUCCUCCUCCUCCUCCUCGUCCUGCUGCUUUUCGGUGUGUGGUACUGUUACCCCUGGGUUACUGCCCUGUUUCCCCGUUCAGCUCGAGCGCCUCCGGUUCAGCCCCGCCCCAAAACACACACGCAGGUUCAGCCUCGUGUGGAUGAGCGUGAUGCCUAUGCGAGUUUUGCAGCUCUAAAAGACGAACUCUACGCCGAUCUCCGUGACCGAGAGACCAAAUGGCUCGAGGAGAGAGACAGAGAUUUAGAAGAUGUGCUGAAAGAGAUCAAGUUACUGAAACAAGAUGGAGAAAAGCAGAAGCACACAUACGAGAUGUUGCAAAUGGAUGUGCAAGACCUGAAAAUUCGAACAAGGAAUGUCGACUCUGAGCAUCGCAGCCUGAUUAAACAGGAAAAUGCGGGAAUGCAGAAUCAGAUUUCCGAUCUGAGACUGGACGUGUCCAGACUUCACUCGGCCUCUGAACGCUUGAGUCGCAGAAUGGACGCCCAGGAAUCUCAGAACAGGAAGUUAAAGACGGAGCUCUCUGAUUGGCUUCUGCAGCAGCUGUCUGAUUCGGCUAACUCCGAGCGCGAUGCAGUGAUGCGUCCUGAGCUGCAGAGGGCGCUGGAGGACCUGGAAAAGAAAAUACUGGACAGAUUGGGACAGGAGAGAGAGGAUAAGGAGAGGGUAGACGUGUGGAGGACGGUGGGAGAGACGCUGCAGGAGGAAGGAGUGGGAGCAGUCAGCGUAACGGAUGUCGAACGCAUCGUGCACAGGGCGCUGAGCCUCCACAGGGCUGAUGGGAUUGGAAUGGCCGACUACGCGCUGGAGUCUUCAGGUGCCAGUGUAGUAAACACUCGCUGCUCAGAGACGUAUCACACCAGAUCAGCGUGUAUCAGCCUGUUUGGAUUUCCUCUGUGGUAUCCUUCUGAAAGUCCUCGCACUGUUAUACAGCCUGAGCUCUACCCCGGUAAGUGCUGGCCGUUCCGUGGUUCCGAAGGCUUCCUGGUCAUCGCUCUGUCUCACCCUGUACAAAUCACUCACGUCACCCUGGAGCACCUGCCCCGAGUUCUCUCCCCCACUGGACACAUCGACAGCGCCCCGAAAGACUUUGCCGUUUACGGAAUGAUCAAUGAGGAGGACAAGGACGGGAAACUUCUCGGGACUUUCGUUUACGACCAGGACAGAGAACCUGUCCAGACCUUCGAAGUGCAGCACUCUUGGACUGAGGUGUUUGGGCUGGUGGAGUUGAGGAUCCUCAGUAAUUGGGGUCACCCCGAGUACACCUGUGUGUAUCGCUUCAGGGUCCACGGCCGGCCCGCGUCCGCCUAAAGAGAGAAACGUAAAGAAGGACAGCGUUUUACCUAUCUAUGCAACAAAAUUUUAGCAAUGACCUCAAAGUCACGAACGCUCCUAAACUAACGCUAAACCUUCAAAACAUUAGUGUGAUGGAGAAAUAUCAAGCUGUUCAUGACCUCAAGAUCUUCAUGUUCCUCCAUCACACGCCGCACACACUGAACAAACAACCACAGGGUUACAGUAUGUGUUUAGUAAUGGAUCGUAUGGUAAUAUAUAAAAAUAUCUAAAUAUAUUCGUAAAAAUUAGUUUAAAAAAAAAAAAAAGAUAUGCAAACAGGGAAAAAAAAAAAAGUAUUCCACCAUUUGCACUAUUUGCUGACUAACUCCUAAGGAAUGUACCUCUUAUUUAUUGAUUACUUAUUUUUUUUCUACUGGUAUGGCCUUUCGAAGGAAAGUAGACCAAUGUGUACCAAUGAAUAAAUUCUAAACGACUGAUUAGCACCAAGUCAUUGUCAUUAGCACAAUGCUAAUCGGAGGCGUUCGUUAUCAACAGUAGCUUUUUUUUUUUUUUUUUUUUUAAUUCUCUUGCUACAGAGAGGGUAAAUCCGACUAGCUGUUGAAGUUUUAUAGUUAAAGUUUGUAUAUAUUUGUCUAAAAUGUCAUACAUGUGUGUGUAUAAGUACCAAUCUUAGAAAAUUUUAUCAAUUGAAUUAGCAAAAACGUACAGAACGUGCAUGUCCAAAAUUAAUACAAUGUUAUGUUUUGAGAAUUUAUUCUUUAAAACCCAUAAUUAGCUGUACAGGUAAGGAAUAAAACGCUCUGUGCUGUUAUUGGAAAAUAAUCAACUACGGCGUUUUAUCCCUCGUCAACUAUACAGAAUUUUAAAAAAUUUAUUUAACGAGACGUCAUGCUUUUUAUCCGUUUUAUAGUUACAUUCAACAUACUGGGACAUUGUUUAAUUUCGGAAUAUCACGGAUCGAGUUAACCCUCCGUCCAAUGUAAAUUUAAUUUCAAAUGCUAAGACGUAUCCGAAUUUGUUCACUACAUACUGCACUAUGUGGCAUGCGGCCAUUUUGUAGUGUCCCAGUUCUCACUGGACGAAUUAUGUUCCCUGGAUAGUGGAUACACUAUGUAAUUUUUACCCAUAAUGCAUUGUAAAUCUUGAGUACAGCCAGUGUACGCCGCUUCUGUACAAUGCAUAUAGUUGUACGAUACUAUAGCUCGAAAUCUUUAUUUGUGAUGACAUUUCAUGUUACAAAUUUCAACCGAUACGCAGCUUCAGGCUCGUCUAAUGAUUUCCACUAAGUAAAUUAAUUGCUUUUAGCUCAAUUUUUUACAUAAUAUCUCCAUAAUAGCAGGUCACUGGUCUGUCAUUCUGUCAGUAAUGACAUUGCCAAUAAUUUCAGAAUUUAGGUGAUAAGUUGCCAUUUCUGUGUAGAAUUUAUCAGCGUAUAUACAGUGUCUAGUUUACUGUAUAUAUUCUGUGUUCUAUAUUACACAGAUUCUGAGAUACAUUUGUGUGUGUGGUGAGUGACAAUUACGUUACGUUUUUACUUUUCCGUUUACUUUUUAAGCUACUGGUUUUAUUUCAACGUUCUUCUUGUCAAAGAUAUGCUGAGCUUAUUAAUUGGGUACCUUUUAACCAGGCUGUUUAUCUGUUUUUAUGGAUUUCCAUUUCAUUAAUAAUAAAUACACACACACGCGUGCAUCUAAAAAAAAAAAAAAAAAAAAAAAAAAAAAAGUGAAUAUCAUGGAAAAGUUUUUUUUUUUUUGGUGUGUGUGUGUAAUUUCAUUUAAAAAGUGGAACUUCUAUAAAUUCUAGAUUCAUUACAGAUAAAGUGAAAUAUUUCAAGCCUUUUUUUUUUUUUUUUGCUUUAAUCUCGGUGAUUACAGCUCACGGAAAUCAAAAUCCAGUAUCUCAAAAUAUUAGAAUAAAGAAUUUUAUAAUACAAAAAUGUCGACCUUCUGAAGAUUGUUAAUUUAUGUACUGAUACUCGGUCAGGGUUUUAACCCUUUCACAUGAAUUACUGCAUCGGUGCGGCGUGGCAUGCAGGCGAUCAGCCUGUGGCACUGCUGAGGUGUUCUGGAAGUCCAGGUUGCUUUGAUAGCGGUCUUCAGCUCGUCUGUAUCGUCGGGUCUGGUGUCUCUCGUAGAUUCUCUAUGGGGUUCGGGUCAGGCGAGUCGGCUGGACGAUCGAGCACGGUAACACCACGGUCAGUAAAGCAGUUACUAGAAGUUUUGGCACUGUCGGCAGGUGCAGAGUCCUGCUGGAAAAGGAAAUCAGCAUCUCCAUAAAGCUCGUCAGGAGAUAGAAGCAUGAAGUAUCUAAAAUCUCCUGGUAGACGCUGCAUCGACUCUCGACUUGAGAAAACAGUGGACCAACAGAUGACCUGGCAACCCAAAUCAUCACUGACUGUGGGAACUUCACGCUGGACUUCAAGCAGCUUGGAUUCUGUUCCUCUCCACUCGUCCUCCAGACUCCGGGACCUUGACUUCAAAGUGAAAUGCAAAAUUUAUUUUCAUCUGAAAAGAUGACUUUGGACCACUGAGCAACUGUGUUUUUAGUCAAAAGGUGUUUUGAGUUAAUUAGCUGAUUAGUCUUCUCAGGUCGACAUUGCUGUAUUAUAAAUUCUUUUUUUCUAAUAUUUGAGAUACUGGGAAAAAAUCUAACUUUUCCAUGAUAUUCUAAUUUUUUUUAAGACGCACCUGUGCAUCUAUAUAAUCUUAGACAUGAGGUAAAAAUGAAAACAUUUCAUUGUUGAGUAUGAGAAUUUCUUUACAUUUUUGCGUUCUUGCUCAAAGUGUUAACGUUCUGACAUUUUAUUGUUCUUUUUAUUUUAAGAGGCAGAAUUUUCUAUAUAUGAUGUUCACUUUCAUUUUUGUAAUUUGCGAUAGUCAUAAAUCUGAAACUUGAAUAUUUAAAACCUUUUCUUAAUGCUCAUGAAGACAAAUCAUAUAGUAAUUCUUAGCCCACCAAACAGUAUUUAGCUUUCACGGUUUCAUACAGGUACCAUUAUUAGAAAAAUUAAUAUUUCUAUAUCGUUUUAUUUAUAAUCAGCAUUCAGUUUUUGUUUUUUUUUUUUCCAAAUGGAUAUUUAUUUGAUUUAAACAGCUAAUAGUCAAUUUAGAAGUAGUGUCUUGCAGCAUAAAGGUUAUGCAUAAAACCUGAGCACAUUUCUUUUACCUCAUAGCUGUUGUGUUAUUCUUGAUUGUAUACUGUUUGAAGUUAAUUUACGCUGAAUCGAUUGGUUUGAGAUUUGAUUCAUGAUGUUCUGUAAGUGGGUGUGGCUAAAAGAAGUGCACUAUGUUGUAUUGUGUCAUAACGAAUUUCAUUCACUCAGUCAUUCUAGACUCUCCUGCUGGGUCAGGGAAACUUUUCAAUAUUCAUUUUCUAAUCAUUUAUACCCAAAGUGCUCUUUAUUUCACAAUGAAAUAGAAAGGGCGUAGAAAUGGAUUUCUGUAUGUUUUGCGUUUAACAGACUAGAUUUUUCUUCCGAUUUCUCAAUUCUACAAGUCAUUUCAUUAAGCAACAUGACAGAUUGUUAAAUGACUGUGUAGUUAAGUUAUAUCAAGAUCCAAUUUUACUUUUUAUCUCAACAAGCUGUUCACCCUGGCUUCUAAACAUAUAGUUCACACCACAAACCCAAGCUUCAUGCUUGACAACAUUCCAUUUUCAGGCCAAGAAUAAUUCUGUGUAACUUUUUGUUUGUUUGUUUUUUUUUAAAUCAGGCACCAUCAUUUGAGAUAUAGAUAUGGAUGGAGGGAGUGAGGGAGGGGGGGAGUGAGUGAGAGAGAAUACAUAAUACAUGUCAGUAUAAUUUAUAUUAUAUGUAUAUUAUACAAAGUGUAUAAUUUCCGUUCUUGGAUGUGUUCCAAAGGAGCAUUUUCUUCCUAAGAAUAUCGAUUUCUACAGUAUUUCUGACUAAUAAUCCAGACACCAACUAGACUUUUUUCUUUCUGUUUUAAAAAGAAAUCACAUACAAGACUCGCAUGCAAGUGCUUGAAAGCAUAAUUCCCUCACAUGUUUUUUUUUGUUUGUUUUGUUUGUUUAUUCUUCAAUGAAUUUGAUAUGUACAUUGCAAUGAAAUUGGGGUAUUUUAAAAAGCAACUGGAUUUUUAUGUUUAUUAUUUGAUUUCCAUGCGUUCGAUAGUAAUUCGGCUUCAAGUGUCUCGUUGUGUUUUUAAACAAAUAAAUAAAUAAAUAAAUAAGCAAGCCGAACUGAUUGGCAGAUUUUCAGCAGUGUGGAAUAAACAUGUUCAAACAGUAA